AAUCCAAUAUCUAUUUUUAACGCUCUCUCUACAUGCAAUCAGUGAGCCACAGUUAUUCCAAAUAUCGAGAUGUAUUCGACUGCCUAAGCCACUUUUCGAUAACUUUAUAUGCGAACAAUGUAAAUAAAAACUAUAAUGAUUACCUUCGUUCAUUGAAAAUAUCAGAAAAAUGGCGUAUGACGAUGACAUCGUGAAGUGUGUUGUGUUUUGGUCUAACUUCUUUCUUGCUUUAAUCGGAAUAUGUUUGCUGUCUCUUGGUAUAACCUACAAAAUAAAUUUGGAAGAAUUCUCUUAUGCCGUACCUAAGGACUAUCAGAACAUCGUCCUCAUACCAGUAUUAACCAUUCCCAUGGGAACUCUCCUGAUAGUGAUAGCGAUUUUUGGGUGUUAUGGAUGCUUGGCAGAGAAAUUCAACUUCGUGGCAUUGUACACCACUGUUUUGUUUGUCUUGUUUGCCGUUCAGCUAACAGUGGGCAUUAGCUCAUUUUACCAACUUGGUGAUAUGGGAGUUUUCAGAGGAAAACUCAACCUUACAUUGGAAGUGGUCUUUCAAAACUAUAAUUACCAUUUCGAAAAUAAGGCAGUAGUGGAUCUGAUACAACACAGGCUGAAGUGUUGUGGUUUCAAUGGGCCUGACUACUGGGAUGUGGUGCCGAAAAGUUGCCACGUAACAGACUCCCAAGAUAUAUUUGAACAGCCUUGUCCUCCUUUAGUUUCCGAUUAUAUUGACGAUUCGAUGAAUAUCUUGGGAAUAUCUGUAAUCGUGCUGUCCAUUCCGGAGAUGAUUGGAUCUUUAGUAUCGUUCUUCUUUGCCUUCCAUCUGAAACAUCGUGCACAUGCUAGGGAGUUUAUAUCUAUCAAGGAUUACACAGUUGACAAUGGCCUUCUUUGACAAUUCGUUCUUUUCAAUAAAAAUCAUGAUGUGAAA